UCUGCCAGCGCCGGCUCUUUAUUGGAGGGAGGCUUUGUCAAUCUGUGGCCGGGCGAGCCCCACUCGCCGGCAAGCCGCUUCCAAGAUCUGAUUCCCGAGCCGUGGCUGAUGGCAAUGGGCAGCGGCGGCGGCGGCGGCGGAGAGAAGAAAGUUUGCGCGACUUGGGCGCCGGGUCCUUCAUGCCUGGGGCAGCGGGCGACUGUGGGAGCCGGCGGCCGGGCGGGCAACUGACUGGGCAUUUGCUGCUGCAAAGUUUCCUGCAGCUCUUUUAACCCACCAGGAUCUUAAAUACCCCCUUUCCCUCCCCUCCACCACCACCACCUCCCCUUCUAGGUAGGCGAGAGAUCUUUUUUAACUCCGUGCCCGCAUGGGAACGGACUGACUGGAGCGUUCCGUUUUGGUGAAGGUGGCGGGGGGUGGGGGGCAGGGUUUCUUUUUUUCUUUUCUUUUUCUUUUUUUUUUGCCUUCACUCUUUUUUUAAAUUCUUCUCGCUGGUUUCCUGGCUCCCCGGACCUGCGCGGAGCUAUAUGGAGGGAUCUCAGGAUGGUUUGCACCAGGAAGACGAAAACUUUAGUGUCCACUUGCGUGAUCCUGAGCGGCAUGACUAACAUCAUCUGCCUGCUCUACGUGGGCUGGGUCACCAACUACAUUGCCAGCGUCUACGUGAAAGUGCAGGAGCCGAUGGCGGAGAAAAAGUUGGAGGACGACAAAGGGGACACUUUAAGGAUUAUAGAAAGGCUGGACCACUUGGAGAAUGUCAUCAAACAGCACAUCCAAGAAGCACCACCUAAACCAGAAGAAAACCCUGCAGAAGCUUUCACGGACUCAUCCCUCUUUGCUCAUUGGGGCCAGGACCUUAGUCCUGAGAACAGACGUAUUGCCCUUAAACAGUUCCAGUAUUAUGGCUACAAUGCUUACCUAAGUGAUCGCCUGCCACUGGAUAGGUCACUGCCUGACCUCAGGCCUAAUGGGUGCAAAAACCUCACAAUUCCUGACAGCCUUCCUGAGGUCAGUAUUGUUUUCAUAUUUGUUAAUGAAGCCCUGUCAGUGAUUCUGCGCUCCAUUCAUUCUGCUAUUGACCGGACUCCUCCCCACCUGCUCAAAGAAAUUAUUUUAGUUGAUGACAACAGUAAUAAUGAGCAUUCCCAAACUUUGGAGAUGUUGGGAUUUUUGGAAGCUCUACCAGAGGAACUCAAGGAGAAGCUGAAGGAGUAUGUUGAUGAGGUGAACACAAGAAAGCCUGGUUUCAUCAAGGUGGUCCGGCAUAGCAAGCAGGAAGGCCUGAUCCGGUCUCGAGUUAGUGGAUGGAGAGUGGCUACUGCACCGGUAGUUGCUCUCUUUGAUGCCCAUGUGGAAUUCAAUGUGGGAUGGGCUGAACCAGUGCUCACCAGGAUAAAGGAAAACAGAAAAAGGGUCAUUUCUCCCUCAUUUGAUAACAUCAAGUAUGAUAAUUUUGAAAUAGAGGAGUAUCCCCUAUCUGCACAGGGGUUUGACUGGGAGCUGUGGUGCCGAUACCUAAAUCCUCCAAAAUCAUGGUGGAAGCUGGAAAACUCAACUGCUCCAAUAAGAAGUCCAGCACUGAUUGGGUGUUUCAUAGUAGACAGGCAAUAUUUCCAAGAAAUUGGCUUGCUUGAUGAAGGCAUGGAAGUCUAUGGAGGAGAAAAUGUGGAACUUGGGAUCAGGGUCUGGCAAUGUGGAGGCAGCGUUGAAGUUCUCCCUUGCUCUAGGAUUGCCCAUAUCGAAAGAGCCCAUAAGCCGUACACUGAAGACCUCACUGCCCAUGUCCGAAGAAAUGCAUUGAGAGUAGCUGAAGUCUGGAUGGAUGAAUUUAAAAGCCAUGUUUACAUGGCAUGGAAUAUCCCCCAAGAGGAUUCUGGAAUUGACAUUGGUGAUAUUUCUGAGAGGAAGGCCCUGAGGAAAAAGCUCCAAUGCAAGACCUUUAGGUGGUAUCUUGUUACUGUGUAUCCGGAAAUGAGGAUGUACUCGGACAUCAUCGCCUAUGGGGUGCUGCAGAAUUCCCUAAAAAGUGAUUUGUGCCUUGAUCAGGGGCCAGACACAGAAAAUAUUCCAAUCAUGUAUAUCUGCCAUGGAAUGACACCACAGAAUGUUUAUUAUACAAGUAAUCAGCAGAUCCAUGUGGGUGUUCUGAGUCCCACUAUUGAUGAUGAUGACAACAGAUGCCUGGUGGAUGUGAACAGCAGGCCCAGACUCAUUGAAUGCAAUUAUGCCAAAGCCAAGAGAAUGAAGCUUUACUGGCAAUUUACUCAGGGAGGUCCAAUCCAGAAUAGAAAAUCCAAGCGUUGCCUGGAGCUGCAAGAAAACAGUGAAAAUGAAUUUGGAUUUCAACUGGUUCUUCAAAAAUGCACUGGCCAGCGCUGGUCUAUAACAAAUGUACUGAAAAGCUUGUCAUCGUAAGAGAUUAUAGGAAUAUCUUCUCCUUGAUCCUUUUGCUACUGUGUAGCAAAUGUUGCAAUGUUGCCUGCUGUACUGUCUUUUUUUCUUUCCCCGUUGAUUCUUUUUUUGCGUGUGUGUGGAAGUGAGGUUUGUGGGCUGAACGUAGAGAUUUUUAUUUCAUAAUGAUGUUUUCAUGCCAUUACUAGAGACGCUGAAUGACAGGUGAUGGUAGCUAUCCUAAAAUAUUUUGCAAAUGUAAAUAGGAAAUAAAUGGAUAAUAUUUAUAACUUGGACAAUAAACUUUUAUUGAUUAAAAAAAAA